GAUUGUACCACGAGAGGCGCUGAAAGGCUGCGUGCGCGGUUCCCAUUAGGACUGGAGGGGAGAGGAGCCGGGAUUGACCACGGCGACCAUGGAAGCGAGCUCAGAGAGCCGCACGGCUAGCUCGCUGUUUGCGGGGUUCCGGGCCUUGGGGCUCUUUAGCAACGACAUUGCACACGUGGUGCGGUUCAGUGCGCUGAAGCGCCGGUUCUAUGUGACGACCUGCGUGGGCAAGAGCUUCCACACCUAUGACGUUCAGAAACUUAGCCUGGUUGCAGUAAGUAACUCUGUUCCACAGGAUAUCUGCUGUAUGGCAGCUGAUGGGAGACUUGUCUUUGCUGCUUAUGGGAAUGUUUUCUCUGCAUUUGCCCGUAAUAAAGAGGUAGUACAUACCUUUAAGGGUCAUAAAGCAGAAAUCCAUCUUUUGCAACCCUUUGGGGAUCACGUUAUCUCUGUUGAUACUGACAGUAUUGUUAUUAUUUGGCACAUAUAUUCAGAAGAGGAAUAUCUGCAAUUGACUUUUGAUAAGUCAGUAUUUAAAAUUUCUGCAAUUUUGCAUCCAAGUACCUACUUGAAUAAAGUACUUCUGGGCAGUGAACAAGGAAGCCUGCAGUUAUGGAAUGUAAAAUCCAAUAAACUUCUGUAUACAUUUCCAGGAUGGAAAGUUGGAGUGACAGCUCUUCAGCAGGCACCAGCUGUGGAUGUUGUUGCUAUUGGUCUUAUGUCAGGCCAGGUUAUCAUUCACAACAUUAAAUUCAAUGAAACAUUAAUGAAGUUUCGUCAAGACUGGGGACCCAUUACUUCAAUCUCAUUUCGCACAGAUGGUCAUCCAAUAAUGGCAGCUGGAAGCCCAUGUGGACAUAUUGGACUCUGGGAUCUAGAAGACAAAAAACUAAUCAAUCAAAUGAGAAAUGCACACUCUACAGCAAUUGCCGGGAUGACAUUUCUCCAUAGAGAGCCACUUCUUGUCACAAAUGGCGCUGACAAUGCUCUCCGGAUAUGGAUAUUUGAUGGUCCUACAGGUGAAGGCCGACUUCUGAGAUUCAGAAUGGGACAUAGUGCUCCUCUUACCAGUAUCAGAUAUUACGGACAAAAUGGACAACAAAUUCUAAGUGCAAGCCAAGAUGGAACUCUUCAGUCAUUUUCUACAAUACAUGAAAAAUUCAACAAGAGCUUGGGACAUGGAUUAAUAAAUAAAAAGAGAGUCAAACGUAAAGGACUUCAGAAUACCAUGUCAGUGAGACUUCCACCCAUCACAAAAUUUGCAGCAGAGGAAGCUCGUGAGAGUGACUGGGAUGGUAUCAUUGCUUGCCAUCAAGGUAAGCUAUCUUGCUCAACCUGGAAUUAUCAAAGAUCCACAAUAGGUGCUUACUUUCUCAAGCCAAAAGAGUUGAAGAGUGAUGACGUAACUGCAACAGCAGCGGACAUAACUUCUUGUGGAAAUUUUGCUGUAAUUGGCCUCUCAUCAGGAACUGUAGAUGUAUAUAACAUGCAAUCUGGUAUACAUCGAGGAAGUUUUGGCGAGGGUCAAGCUCAUAAAGGAUCUGUUAGAGGUGUUGCAGUGGACGGAUUAAACCAGUUGACAAUUACAACUGGUAGUGAAGGAUUACUCAAAUUCUGGAACUUUAAAAACAAAACUUUAAUCCAUUCUAUGAACCUUAAUUCAUCUCCAAAUAUGAUGCUGCUACAUAGAGACAGUGGCAUUCUGGGACUCGCCUUGGAUGACUUCUCCAUUAGUGUUCUGGACAUAGAAACUAGGAAGAUCGUCAGAGAGUUUUCUGGACACCAAGGCCAAAUAAAUGACAUGGCUUUCAGUCCUGAUGGUCGUUGGUUAAUAAGUGCUGCAAUGGAUUGCUCUGUUAGGACUUGGGACCUUCCAUCUGGGUGCCUUAUAGACUGCUUUUUGUUGGACUCAGCUCCUCUCAAUGUUACUAUGUCGCCUACUGGAGAUUUUCUCGCAACUUCCCAUGUGGAUCACCUUGGAAUAUAUCUAUGGUCCAAUAUUUCCCUGUAUUCAGUUGUUUCAUUACGGCCACUUCCUACAGAUUAUGUCCCUUCAGUAGUGAUGCUUCCUGGUACUUGUCAAACCCAAGAUGUAGAAGUAUCAGAAGAAACAAUAGAACCAAGUGAUGAAAUGAUAGAGUAUGAUUCGCCAGAACAACUGAAUGAGCAAUUGGUGACUCUUUCACUUCUCCCUGAAUCACGGUGGAAGAACCUUCUUAAUCUUGAUGUAAUUAAGAAAAGAAAUAAACCAAAGGAACCACCCAAAAUACCCAAAUCAGCACCAUUUUUUAUUCCAACGGUUCCUGGCCUUGUACCCAGAUAUGCUGCACCUGAACAAAAUAAUGAUCCCCAGCAGUCUAAAGUGGUAAACCUUGGAAUUUUGGCUCAAAAAUCAGAUUUCUGCUUGAAACUUGAAGAAGGACUGGUAAAUAAUAAGUAUGAAGCUGCUCUCAACCUUCUGAAAGAAUUAGGCCCAUCAGGGAUUGAGACAGAGUUGCGAAGCUUGUCUCCUGAUUGUGGAGGGUCUAUAGAGGUCAUGCAGAGCUUCUUGAAAAUGAUCGGGAUGAUGUUAGACAGAAAGCGUGAUUUUGAGUUAGCCCAGGCAUACCUUGCAUUGUUUCUAAAGUUACACCUUAAAAUGCUUCCUUCAGAGCCAAUACUCCUAGAAGAAAUGACAAAGUUGUCAUCACAGGUGGAAGAAAACUGGAUCCAUUUACAAUCACUCUUCAAUCAAAGCAUGUGUGUUUUAAAUUAUAUCAAAAGUGCUUUGUUAUAAAAAUAAAGUGACUAAAUAAAUCAAAGACACAUAUUAAAUGGGUUCAAAUUUAACUUAUUUAUUUUCCAAGUUUCAAUGUGAGAGGAAAAUAAAUGCUAGCACUGUUUACUAGUCAGUAAUUCUCUCCACUUUAAAUGUUACUUUCUUGAAAUUAAAUUACACCUACCUUUUGUUUUGAAGCCCUGAGGAAUCUACUCAAAUGGAUCUCAGUGUCAGAUCCAGAUUUUCUAACAUUCACCUAGUUCUUUCUCCUUUGUAGCCUUCCUGAAGGAAAUAUUUCUUGGAUCAGAAAUGUAGGAGGCACUUACCCAAGGCAAAUUGCUAUAGGAGGUUAAACAGAUACCUAGGAAAGGUAAGGGAAAUUCCAAAUUUCAUUGGAGGUUGUCCUUCAAAGGUUUCUCUUCCUCACUGAUGACCUUUUUAUUUGGGAAGAAACCGCCGACCAUACUUUUCUUUUACAACCAUUGCAAAAUCAGGUAGAUCUGGCAAGUUUUCUCUUUUCUCAUCAUUGUUUUCUUUUUAUGGCUCAAGACUUUAGCAAUGUGUGAAUUUAAAAUAAGCAGUUCUUAAAAGCCCAGUGCUCUAAGAACUAUUCUUAGUUUAUAUGCUCAAAAGUAGUAUCAUUCAUGAAAUGCAGCUGGUUGGAUUUGAACAUCAAUAACAUUCUUUUUCAACAUUAGGAGAAGAGGGCUUUACAGAAUAAUUUCCAGAAGGAGCAAUCCUCAAAAGGAGUUGACAAUGAUACCUUAAUAUAAAGUAUUUUUAUUUAAUGUGUAAGGUAGAUUAGUAAAUUACUAAGGAAAUAAGCCAAUCUGAUUUUGUACUCAGUUUUGUUCUUUCUUUUUGAAAUGUGUAUUAUUAAAGCUACUGACUGAAAUGUUAAUAUUGACUUAAGUUCUGACUUUAAAAACUAUUUCCCUCUUUCCCAAAUACCAUAUUCUAAAGGUAUGGCAAAAUUCCAUUGUACGAUCAUGUACCUAGUAAGGAUUGUAAAUAACUAAAACAAAGCGAUGAGCUAUGAACUGAAAUUGUAUUGCUUAUAGAAAUCAUGAACUAAUUUUUUUCAAAUGAGAAUACAGAGUUAAGUAUAUUGUUUUUAUUGAAGAUAUCUUUCAGUAGUAUUACAGCAUCGUUUUGGCAUGUAGUCUUCCAGAACCUUUUCUCUGCAUUUGCUAUUAAGGGAGGGAGGGAGGAAGGAAAUACAAAGUAUGAUUUUGUGUGUAUAUAUUUUUCUCAAAAUGCAUUGGUCUGUGCAUAUUGCUUUAUCUUUAAAUUAUAAUUUAAGUUA